AUGCCUUUUGUUCACUCUUCCCGUAAGAAGCGUGCGGGCUUUGGCAAGGGUUUGACCGUUGAUGGUUUAGGUUCCAUUGAUGGCAUCUCGGGUGCCAAUGCCACUGCAGGCGCUAGUGCUCAUUCUGGUCGCAGUGCCGGCGCAGGCACUGGCUCUACCAAAGGUACCUUGGAAAUCGCCGAAUCUCCAUUCUCCGACAACCCCGGUGAAUCCCGUGGUUUCCGUGGUUCCGUGGACUCCGAGGAAGAUAUACCCCUCUCCUUGUCUUUCAUGAGGAGACCUUCUCGAUCCGAUUCUAUGGACUUAGAUAAGAGUAUAGAGAGAAUUAUGAAGCAGAAUACCCUGUAUAAUUCUAGGUUGGCCAAAUUCGAGAAUCGACAAUCAAAAGGUCCCUCAGUUGUUCAUGGUGAAAGUCCUAUUAGUCCUGUUAGCCCUGUUAGUCCUGUUAGCCCUAUUAGUCCUACCAGUUCACCUGGUAGUUCCACCGCUGAGGCUCUUGACGAGGCAGCAUACCCACAUUUGCACUCUUUGAUACGCAGGAAAUCCGGUGAAUUGGUCAAAUCGUCUCUUAAAUUGCAAUCCUUGGGCUCUUCUCGUUCUCUUCCAGCUACUCCUACCUUUAAACAGGUUCAUUUUGGUGUUAAUAUCGAUGUUAAAUUUUUCAAGGAGAAAGAUAAACCAACCAGUAUCAGUGCAGGUAACUCUCCUUGCACCUCAGACGAUGAGGGUGAUUCUAGCGACUCCGGUAGAUCCAGUGGAUCCAGUGGAUCUGGAAACAGCGAUUAUGACAGCGACAUAGAUUCAGGUUCUUCACGACGUUCAAACGACUAUUAUGCCAAUUUUCAUACCCUCUUUAUGUCUUCACGCGAUUACGUAGAGAAAUCAAGUUUACGUAACUUGAACCGAUUUAGAAAGCUUAUCUCCGGUUGGGAUCUCGAUCUUUCCUUGUUUCCAAAGGUUUACUACAGUGACGAGAUUGAUCGGGAAGUGCCUGUUUUUCUUGAAUCUCUGCAUUUGAAUUCCGAUAAGACCUGCAUUCUUGGUCAAGUGGCAGUCAAGAAUAUCAGUUAUUCUAAAAAAGUUACUGCAAGGUAUACAUUUGAUGAUUGGACUACGGUGAUCAAUAUAGAUGCUACCUUCACACCUAAUAUGCCUCGUAUUCUUAAGCGGGCCUGUUACGAUAGAUUUGUUUUCCAAAUAAGUGUACCCCUGAUGCUGUCUCAGUUUCUUGGGUCGCACAAAUACUCGUCAGACCUAAUCCCUACAUUUUCCUGCUGUCUGCGAUACAUCUCAGGUGGACAGGAGUAUUGGGACAAUAAUUUCAACCACAACUACCAGAUUCGCUUUGUUCCAUACCAUAAAAGGACGCAUGGACAUGGCAAAUCUGCUGCUGUUCCUCCUCCAAGGGUUGCGCCAUUGGAUGUACCACUAAGAAGAACUUUAUCUGCGGAUAAUCUGAAGAAAUCCCGGAAAUUUGAGACACUUAAAGGUACUUCAUCUCCACGUAUGUUAGGUGUACGGGCUUCGCCUCGGCCAACUCAGAUAGUCUCGCCAUCGCCCGAAUUUGCUGGCAACUUUGCAUAUACUACAGGAGGUUCCUCGUCGAUUGAUUCACCGGGAACCCCUGCAGUCCUAAGAGAUUUACGGGAAACUGCCACUGGUAUUAGAGGCAACUUCAACAGUCUUUCACCGCGUUCUAUGGUUUCUUUAGAGAAGGAGGAUCCAUUCACUAGUUUUAGUUUGGAUAAUAUGAAGGUGGGCCGGGAAGUAAAACCUUCGCCAAACGUUACAACGAAUUCAGAGGAUAUGGUAUCCUCUGCAGACCACCAACAGUCGGGAAAUUCCGAAAGGGAUGCAAAACUGUCACGACGAGCAGCAUCAAAUAAGGAGAAUUCGUCUAGUUCAUCUCCUACCAACGAGCCCUCCAAACCAGAUAUUGACUCGGACUCCUACAAAGCGAUGCUUAAGAAAUAUUGCUUCUUCAAGAGUCCAAGCACGGUUUCCUCGUUCUUGGAACACGACCAAGAUGAGAAUGGAUUUUAUUAA